AUGGGCAUUUUCGCAAAAGAACCCUCAAAGCGCCUGGAUUUUGAAAAUGUCCCGGCAAUUGCUCGCAACGGGGACGAAACUCGAGGAUUUCCAGCAAAUCCCGACGAUAAUUCACCAUGUUUCAAUUCCCCAAAGGAACACGGCUUCCCUGAAGGCGGCCUACAGUCAUGGUUGGUUGUUUUUGGUGCCUGGUGUAGCCUCUUCGCCGCCUUGGGUACCACAAACACCAUUGCCGCAUUCCAAUCAUAUGUUUCCACACACCAGUUAUCCCGAUACGAUAACGGCACUAUUGGAUGGGUAUUUUCUGUGUACACCUUCCUCGCGUAUUUCUGUGGUGUCUACAUCGGCCCAUUAUUUGACAGAUUUGGCCCUCGGUGGCUGAUCCUAGCUGGAACACUUGCUAUGACAGGGGGCUUCAUGCUGUUGAGCAUCUGUGAUGGUAGGUUCAAGUUUUCGAAACCCGUGCGCUGA